AUGGCAAGUCAAACAACAUCAUUAAGAGUUUUAGAAAGUCAGGUUGGACAAUUGGCAAGUUCUCUUAGUAGUAGACAACAAGGAGCGUUACCUAGUGACACUGAAGUUCCAAAGCCAAAAGGGAAAGCUCAUUGCUACGAGCAUUACAAAGCCACCACAACGAAAAGCGAUAUUCAUAUUGGAAAGCCUAUUGAGGAGCCUAAGAAGAAUGAUGAUGAUGGGCCGGACAGCAAGAUAAAGCAAGAAAUACAGUAUAAUGUAGUAAUUUUGGAAACAAAACCAACAACAAUGUUUCCUGUUAUGCCACCACCGAUGUCGAGACAUUUGAACCCAAGGCCUCCAACACUGUUUCCCCAAAGAUUUAAGAACGCCAAUGAGGACCAACGGUUCAGAAAAUUCAUCAAAGUGCUCAGACAAUUGACAAUCAACAUUCCAUUUAUUGAUUCAUUAGAGCGAAAUAUGAAUUACAUCAAGUUUAUAAAGGAGGUACUCUUGAAGAAGCAAAGAGUUAGUGAAUUCAAAACUGUUGCACUUACUGAAGGGUGCAGUGCCAUAGCUGCGAGUAGAUUGCCACCAAAAUUAAAAACAUUUGGCAUUGGUAAGGCUCAUCAUACUACCAUGACACUUCAACUUGUUGAUCGGUCCAUUGUUCACCCUGAUAACACAAUAGACAACGUGUUGAUCCAAGUGGAAAAUUUUAUUUUUCAUACAAAUUUCAUUAUUCUAGACUGUGAAGAUGACAAAUAUGUGUCGAUCAUACUUGUCAAACCCUUCCUUGUUUUAGGCAGAGUAAUAAUCGAUGUUGAAAAGGGAGAACUUACUACACGUCUUAAUAAAGAACACAUUACCCUUAAUAUUUUAAAUCUUGUUAUGAAUGAUGAUAAUGUUGAAUGUCAUUCUAUUAACAUCAUUGAUGAAAUUGUACAUGAACGUAUGGACGAAUCUUACAACAUUGAGAUUGUUAUUCGCUAUGUUACGGUAACAAAGGAAUUAGAUUAG